GAUUCAUCAGGUGAACGCACUCAAAAUUACCAGUUUAUACGAAGACCAACUUCACUCCAAUCGAACAUUUGAGCAUUCAAAACAGUGUUAUAGUGUUUUUUUCUGUUUAGAAAUGGAUCUGGAAAUUUUGUUUAAAAAUCGGUUACAACAAAUUUCCAAAUUGGAGUAUUUUUGCGUAAUUUACGGAAAGAAAAAUGAUAUUAUAUCAAAUUUACGUGAAACAUUAAAUGAAGCCCAACAAAUCAAAGGCUUUUUGUCAUCAUGUACGCACCUUUUGGAAAAAUUUCGAACCGAAAACCAUCAAAAGUGCACAAAAUUACUCCAUUCAUCACAGCAAUUGUCAACUAUAAUGUUAAAUGCCCUAGCAAAAGCAUCAGAUACCGCACAUCAAUUACCACAAAUCGGACAAUCCGUAGAAGAUAAAGUCAAUUUUUCACCUGUCUUAGCUGAAAUAAGUAACACACCAACACCAACACGAUGUAGGCUUCUAUAUUUCAAAUCAGGAGACCGACUGUCACUGGCUGAAUAUGUAAAAUCGCCGUAUGCUACAAAGCGAAUGCGACCAUUGGCGCUCCAAUUCACUGACUUUGAAAAAACUAUUAGUACAGAGGCAUUCAAGAUGAUACCCGGGUAUAUGCGAGGUCGCGAAAAUUUAGAAGAUAUCCUUGCUUUUCUGGACAAUGUCAUAAUAAAGUGUUUUACGUUGAAGUACACUUUAGUAAAGAAACGUCGUGAGGCUGUAACCCCUGCUGAGCUCGAUUUGUGGAAUUUAUACAAAUCGCAAGAAGAAUAUUUUAAAGGUUCCAAAUUUAUAACACAAGGAGACAUUUGCCGUUUAACCGAUAAACAAAUUGACAAAAAAACAACAUCUCGGAUCACAAUCAUCCGCCAUUUGAAAAUUAUACGGGAAGAACGAAAAAAUGCGGCUAUUUGUUACAUUUGGUGUAAAAAUUGAAUCCCAUAAUAAAUUUUGCUAUUCGUUGUCAAUCUUAAUUGCCUAUACGCGUUGUAUUUAUCUAGAAAAAACUCACCAUUUUCAUACAAUGUUUCAAGUUCUUAUACUAUCCGACUAUAGAGGAUUGUUAUUUUAUCACCUCAUCAAAUAUAGGAUAGAAAUGAUCAAAAAAAAUCGCAAUAUGUAUUUUAAAUUAAUUUAAUAUUCAUUUCGACGAUAACCUUAGUUCAAAAUACAAUUCAAGAAAUAUUUAAAAAAAAACAAUUUACACGGAAUACUAGUAGUAACAUCACAUUCUCCGCAGUGAUCUGGCUACAAUUCUAUUUCAGAUAAAAAAUGUAUCCUACUGCAUAUAUGAGCCAUUGCGACAAAAAAAUCCCUCGGAAUAUUUAGUUUCAAAGUGCAACAUAAAUUUUUUUCUUAUGGAGUUGUUGUUGUAAACCUAAUAUGAACAAAUUUCAUGUUGCACUUUGAAACUAAAAUAUUUCGAGGGAAUUUUUUGUAUAAAUAUAUUCCAGUUUCAGGUUGAGCCCAAAUGCUUAUACUAUAAAAUUAUAUGGCCGCUAAAAUUUUGAAACGUUUUUAUUUUGCAUUUAGCUGCGGUAUUUUUCCAGAUUCUUUUAAUUUACAUCAAAUUGAUGAAAAUAGAACAAUAUGCACCCAUGAUUUCUUCAAUUCGACAGCAGUUUUAAUUUUGAAGUAGACUAUGAAAUUUAUAUAAAUAAAAAGAAUUACAUUCGUAA